UCUCCAUUGUGCCACGAUUUCGAGAAUAGGGUCUCAGGAUGUAAAACUUUCAACAUACUUCACCCUUUUUCGAACACAUCUAUAGUACUCCGAAGCAUAUACAAAUGUUAGAAGGAGCGGAUCUCAUGAAGGUCGCCUCGCUGUAAAUAUAACCUAGAAAGGUGUCUAUGCUUGAGAAGUGGGCAUUGUUGUGCGCGGGCGUUUCUGGUUUAUUGUCUUUUGCAUGACAUUAGGUUUCCCUUAUACGGGAAAGCUAGUGUUUUCCAUCAUUUCCUCGGAGGAAUUCGAGUAAUAAUGCCGAAAAGAAAGAAUCAGGCACUCAUUGACUCUGAUAGUAGCGGGAGCGUCUCCGAGAGUGGCUCGGAUUUGGAUAACGAUUUAUUAUCCUUGGCUAAGAAAAAAAAGAGUAAAUCCCAAGAUGACUCGCAAUCCAACGAUGAUGCUGGUUCUGGCAAGAAGGAUUCUAAACAAGUUGACUCAGACACAUCUGACUCGGAUGAUGAUUGGGGAGCCAAAGGUGGUAAAACUAAAAAGAAAAAGACGUCAGCUAAACGCAGUAAACGUAAAGUCACAAAAUCCAGCACUGAGGAUAGCACUAGCGAUAAGGAACCAGCAAAAGUCUCAGAACCAGAAGAAGGUGAAGUUUCUGAUUCGGAUGGAAGUGUAUCGGAUUCGAGUCAGGAAGAAUUCAACGAUGGCUAUGAUGACAAACUUAUGGGCGACGCCGAGGAUCAGGCGCGGCUCGCACAGAUGACAGAAAAAGAACGUGAGCAGGAAAUUUUCAAGCGAAUCGAACAGCGUGAAAUUAUGAAGACUAGGUUUGAAAUUGAGAAGAAACUGAGAAUGGCUAAGAAACAGGAGUUAAAGAAGCAAAAGGAGUCCAAGAGAAAGGAAAAGGGUGCUGAAGAAAAGAAAUUUGACAGAGCUCCAGACCCCAAGGAACGAAGCAAAGAUCGGAAGAAAACUAUUGAAGAAAAACAAGAUAAGAAAUUCCAUGCUAUGACACUUCUCAAAGCCAGACGAGAGGAGAAGAAAGAACGAGAGGAAAAGGAGAAGCAGCGAAUGGAACAGCAACAACAGCAGUCGAAAGACAUGGAGGAAGAGGAACUCGAAGACGACCAUAAGGGCGGCGCGAAUAAAAUGAAGCUCAAGGCUUCUGACAUUUAUUCAGAUGAUAGCGGAUCUUCGGACAGUGCUGAAGAAGAAGAAACUGCUAAACGUAUUUCUCAUCGCAGAUCAUCUUCAAGCGACAGUAGGGAUUCCGAUUCUGAGAACGACAAGAAAUCUGUAACCAGUACUAAAAGCAAGCCCAAGAAACCAGUUUACGUAAACACGAAGGAGGAUCUUAAUAAGGUCAGACUGUCCCGUCAUAAAAUGGAACGGUUUGUACAUCUACCCUUCUUCGACCGAGUGGUGCAAGGAUGCUUCGUCAGAAUCGGGAUUGGGAACAACAAUGGAAAGCCCGUCUACAGGGUGGCGGAGAUCAGCGGAGUUUGUGAGACAGGAAAGAUCUAUCAACUUGGAGGAACAAGGACGAACAAAGGAUUGAAGUUGAGGCAUGGUGCUCAGGAACGCGUCUUUAGGUUAGAGUUUGUCUCAAAUCAAGAAUUCACUGAAUCAGAAUUCUUCAAAUGGAAGGAAACUUGUGCUCUUCAAGGUAUCUCGAUGCCUACCUUCGAUGAAGUAGAACAGAAGCUUAAGGAUAUAAAGGAAGCACUGGUUUACGAAUUUAAAGAGGAGGACAUUGAGAAAAUUGUUAGGGAAAAAGAAAGGUUUAAACAGAAUCCCUACAAUUAUGCCAUGAAGAAGGCGCAACUGAUGCGUGAAAGAGACGCUGCGAAUUGUCGUGGUGAUGACGAAACGGCUAGUAGACUUAAUCAAGAAUUGAGUGAAUUAGAAGAGCGAGCUUCAGAGUUGGAUAAGAUGAGGACUGCAACGAUAUCCAGUAUUUCAUAUAUUAAUGACAGAAACAGGAAGAAAAACGUAGAGGAAGCCGAAAAGGCCAUCAUGGAAGAGAUAAAGGCGAAUAAAGGAAAGAAGAUCGACGAUCCUUUCACCAGAAGAAGUACAAAGCCAAGGAUGGUCUUUAAACCAGAAGAAGAGGAUGGUCCUCAGACUGUUCCAGUAGACGAUAAAGCCAAUACUCAACAAACCGGUGAAUCUCUGGCUUCCAUAAAUGAGAAAGAAAAUGGCCAGGAAUUAAAGAAGAAGCAAAGCACUGAAGAUCUCUUCAAUGCUCAUGACUUUGACAUCACGAUAGAUCUCGAAGUACCCAUCCCGAACAAUCCCGUGAGUGUCUUACCUAAACCGGUAAGUAAUAUCAAGGACACUGGACCAAGGCGUUCAUUGAAUCUAGAAGAUUACAAGAAAAAACGGGGUCUCAUCUAACGUUUUCUACACUCUAGAUCCUGUACUGAUAUCCUGAGGGCGUUAUGAUCCUCGUAUGGGAUUCGUGUUUACACGUUCAUCCCGUCUCCUCACAACCUCCACUAUUCCCAAUUCAUAGGAGAUCAAUCAGCAAUAAGAAUUCCUUUAUUUUUGACAAGAUUGUUGCUUAAAGCGGUCGACUCCCGACUACGAGAACUUAUGGACACACGCGCGUGUAUUAAUUAUUUAUAACAAUUGUAGCGUUAUAUUUUCUCGAUACGAAUAGUUGCGAUAAUUAUUGGCGAUUUUGCUCACGCCUUUUUCUGUAUACACCCCCUUUCUCCUACUAUUUUUUUCCUGUCCUCUUUUCUCUAUCCUUUCUAUUACGUCCUUUAUGCAUCAUGUAAUAUGAUCGCAAAUUAGAUAGAUUACAAUUGCGCCAAUAACCCUCAUGUGGAUAGAAUGAUUUAUGAUCGUAAUAUGCGAUCCAAUGCGUCGAUACGUUGUAAGGUUAAACGUAUUUAUAUAAUAUACUAUCAUUUUUUCUGUAGAUCCCUUGCGAUCUGUUUUUAUAUGUAUCAUGCUUAUAGUGAAUGAUCGGCAAUAUGAAAUUGCAUAAUUUUUGCGAAAGCAAAACCGUGAAGAGAAUGAUCGAUGAUCAAGUUGACAGUGUUAUUCUGUUGUACGUUAAAAUUAUUUAUAAACUAACUUUACAUUGUUCUUUCUCAUUCGCUGCGACACACUGACUUCUUUUUUUUUCUUUUCUUCGUAUUAGAAUACAAGACAGUUUAGUUUUUUUUACAAUUUUCUUUGACGGCGAAUGUAGCAUUUGUCGUUGCUUGCUUACAUCAUUGACUUGUACAUAUAACUUGUGCUACGCGUACGUAUUCGCGAUUUUACAGGAUAGACAUGUGAACCAAAUAUAAAGAAUUUUUUCGUACUUUUGUGUCCUGUAGUCUCACUGCAAUGUUGGGUAACAGAAACGUGAGACUUGGAUUUUUAGAAAAUUAUCAUUAUUUUACUAAUAAGACCUUUUUUGCACGGGGUAUAAGUGGACCGUAUGACCGUGUGGAGUAUAAAGAACAUAUAUAUACGGUACCUUUAUUUUGAAUUAGGCAAA